ACUCAUGUAUCCAAAAUCAUCCAAAACACAUGUUACAACUGUUUUGGCGCUAAAUGCUCUGACGAAGGCUCAUUGUUGAAAUUCUGAUAUCUGCUGGAGAAUCAACCAUGAAGUCAAUACAACGUGGACUCUUUAUUGUGUUUGAAGGCUGCGAUCACACUGGUAAAUCAACACAGGCAAGGCUCCUCUCAGAAGCACUCAGAAAAGCAGGGCACACAGUGGAGAACAUUGCUUUUCCUAACCGUGAAACAGAGACGGGACAUCUCCUGGACCAGUAUCUAAAAAGCAAAACUGCUCUAGAAGAUCAUGCUGUGCACCUCCUAUUUUCUGCAAAUCGAUGGGAGGCUGCACCCAGAAUACUGUCAGAGCUCGGAAAAGGCACAACGAUUAUUGCGGAUCGUUACGCAUACUCUGGUGUCGCAUUUUCAGCCUCUAAGUCACUGGACUUCAAGUGGUGUCAGCAAUGCGACGUUGGGCUGCCCGAACCAGACCUCUUGCUGUACCUUUCAGCAUCUGCUGACGUUGUGGCUCGCAGGGGUAAAUUUGGCAGCGAGCGAUACGAGCGAUCAGAAUUCCAGGAGAAUGUCCUGAGGAACUAUGAAGUUUUUGCACAGUUAGAGAAGGAGCGAGGUAGAUGGGUUGAAAUUGACGCCAAUAAAUCGGAGUCCGAAGUUCACAAUGAUAUCCUUGGUUCAGUCUUCACUGCCCUAGCAAAAGAAAGAAGUCAAAAUGUUGGGAAGCUGUGGGUAGAGUGAAGUCAUUAUUUCUUUCUGAUAUAUUAGUGAUUGACGCAAUGACAGGGUACGUGCGGAACAAGACAUGUUUUCUGGUUUCGUUAGGCAUCGUUACACCUGAAGUUUCAGACCCACGUAAUUUGUGAGUUUUUAGAAACUUGUACAUAUUUUCUUCACAAUGGCAUUACCAGACUGUUGUAUGUAGGAUGCUACUGCUGUGCGAUCGUAUUGGUGAUCAUUUUGAACCAUGGCCUGGCCAUACAACAAAACGAACAGCCCAUAUGCUUCUUUCAUUUGUUUUGUUAGCUGUCCA